CUAGAAGAAAAACAGAGGAGAAAAUCAAUCGCCUUGAGCCCCUUCUCUGCCAACGCACGCGACCUCUUUUCGUCUCGCCUUGAGCCCCUUCCCCGGGUAGAUUGCUAGGGUUGCCGCCGCCGCCUCCUCGCCCCUGUCGGCCCAUCCUAGCUACUUCGGCGCCGACCACUGGAGAAGAGAGAAGGUGAACAGAAGGAGCUGCAGGGUGGCCUCGCCACAAGAAAGCGUCGAUGGCGUCGACGACGCGGAGGAUGACCAGCUGGCCCCACAAAGGAUGUUGUACGGGCGUCCCGCCUCAUCAACAACUAGAUCGUCUUGGGCGAGGAGUGGAGGAAGUUCUGGGCUUCCGGCGGCUGCGAUCCGGCGGCUUGGCCGUGUUGUGCGACAAGUGCAGGUAUUGAUUGUCGCUCACAUUCCUGUCAACACGUUGGUUAAGAAAACGAGCCCAAAGAAGUACUACGUCCAGCCAAACAACGGCAUUGUGGCACCGCGAUCCACAGUCGUUGUUCUCGUUAAGUUGACGGACUGCAUUAGCCAAUCAGGCCGUGUUCCUUGUUCAGAGUGCCGUGGUAAGCCGGGGCAUAUUACCGAAGGACAUCAGCGGAGACAUGUUCACCAAAGAAUCGGGCAACAUGGUGAACGAGGUGAAGCUGAAGGUUGUUUACGCUCCACCGUUGCAACCGACAUCCAUAAAUAAGGGCUCUGAUUAGGAAAGUCUGGGCAGUUGGAGUUA